AUGUGCUCAGAAGGCAGCGUAGCAGCAGCGAUUGGGAUUGAUAUUGGGACGACAAGCAUCAAAUGUUGUGUGCUCAGUGAUCAGGGCAGGAUACUUGCGCAGAAAUCAGUUGUGCAUGAUGCAUGGAUAAAACAUCAGGGCAACGGGUAUCACGAACAGGAUGCUGCACAAAUACUGCAUGUCGCAUGUUCUCUUCUAAAAUCACUUGAUCUAGCAUUCUGCUCCUAUGAACUGACCAUUAGCGUCACUGGACAGAUGCAUGGAAUUGUAUUUUGGAAUGGUCAGGAUUUGGCAGAAGGCAAGUUUAACUGCUCGCCACUGAUAACUUGGAUGGACGAAAGAGUGCCGAAGAGUUUUGUCAAGUCGCUGCCCAGGUGGGAGUGCGGUGAGCUGCAUAUUGGCUAUGGUCUGGUAACAUUUGCAUGGCUUCGCACUCACGAUCUGAUUGACCCAACUUGGACAUGUUGUGGGACCAUUAUGGAUAUGCUCAUUUGUUAUCUUGCUCAAUUAACGCAUUCUGUUAUUGGUAUCCAAAAUGCAUACAGUUGGGGGUACUGCACAUAUGACGGCCACUGGACUGUACAGGAAGAAUUAGUGCCAGCUCAUUUGCGUCCCAAGAUCUGCUUAUCAGAUGAUGUUGUUGGUUUGGUGCAGCGAACAGAUGCUGGUUUGCCAUUGCAUGCGAAGCUUUUGGCAUCGUGUGGUGAUCUCCAGAGCACCGUUUAUCCGUUGCUAAAGCCUGGAUUAGCCGUACUGAAUCUGGGGACAUCGGCCCAGCUGUGCUUUGCUCAUAGUUACGAGGAUGAUGCCAUCAUCGCCUCACCACCAUUGCUUAUAGAGCCUUUUUUUGGCACUCAGGAUACAGCUAGGAUCGUCGUGGCUGCAUCAAUGAAUGGCGGCAAUGCUAUCGAUACCAUCGCCAAUAAGAUUGUUGAGUGGGCCACCGAACUCACCUCAGGUGACUACGAGCUGCGGGUAGACUUUGGGAAGCUGAAUGAGUUGCUGGAUACUCCGGCGGAACAGUCAUCACCUACUGUAUGUGUGGAUCCGGUAUUUAUAGUUGAACGUUCGUCGUCUGCCAGUUCCUCCAUUUCCGGCAUCAGUUCAAGAACAACCAUCAAAGAGGUGAUUCACGGGACAGCGGCUGGCGUUAUAUCGAAUCUGUUUCGGCUGCUAUCACCAGAUCAGCUUUAUCAGUGUGGCAUUCGGCAUAUCAAACUGACAGGAAAUGCAGGCCGAAGUUAUUUCAUCAACGAAAUCAAGCGGCAGUGCGGCCAGAGGUUUUGUAUUUUCGUAACUGAUGACACAAACUGCAGCGCUGCUUAUGGUGCUGCAUUGCAUGCGCUGCAACUUUCCCGCAACCAAUAA